AUGCCGGCCGCACUCGGGGCGUCGCGCGCAGGGGGAGGCGUCAAAUCAUAUUAUCAAGCUAAAAUCGAAGCGGCAGAACAUCUAAUCAACGUUAAAACUCAGAAUCUACGCCGGUUGGAAGCACAGCGCAACAAACUGAAUGCGCGAGUGCGGCUUCUUCGAGAGGAGCUCCAGCUUCUCUCAGAACCUGGUUCUUAUGUUGGCGAGGUAGUGAAGGUUAUGGGCAAAGACAAAGUUCUCGUAAAGGUUCAGCCAGAAGGGAAAUAUAUCGUCGACUUGGAUGCAGAGAUUGACAUUGGAGCUAUCACCCCCACCCUUCGGGUUGCCUUGCGCUCAGACUCUUACCAGAUUCACAAAAUCCUGCCGAACAAAGUGGAUCCACUUGUUUCGUUAAUGAUGGUUGAAAAGGUCCCGGAUAGCACGUAUGAUAUGGUGGGGGGAUUGGACAAGCAGAUCAAGGAAAUCAAGGAAGUCAUCGAGUUACCGGUGAAACACCCUGAGCUUUUCGAAUCUCUGGGUAUCGCACAACCCAAGGGCGUACUGCUGUAUGGUCCACCUGGAACGGGCAAAACGUUGUUGGCUCGCGCUGUUGCGCACCAUACUGACUGUCGAUUUAUUCGGGUUUCUGGAAGCGAACUUGUCCAGAAGUACAUUGGAGAAGGCUCUCGAAUGGUUCGAGAGUUAUUUGUCAUGGCUCGUGAACACGCUCCAAGUAUCAUCUUCAUGGAUGAGAUUGACUCCAUUGGUAGUUCUCGAGGUGAGGGCGGGAGUGGCAGUGGGGAUUCCGAAGUCCAGCGAACUAUGCUCGAGCUUUUAAAUCAAUUGGACGGGUUUGAGCCAACCAAGAACAUUAAGGUGAUCAUGGCAACAAAUCGAAUAGAUAUACUGGAUUCAGCAUUACUCCGACCCGGACGUAUAGACAGGAAGAUUGAGUUCCCACCUCCAGGUCCCGAGGCAAGAGUUUCAAUUUUACGAAUUCACUCCCGAAAGAUGUCCUUGCAGCGGGGGAUUAAUCUGCGUGCAUUGGCAGAGAAAAUGGGUCAAUGCUCUGGGGCUGAGGUUCGGGGUAUUUGUACGGAAGCUGGAAUGUAUGCGCUACGUGAGCGUCGCCAGCAUGUGACUCAGGAGGACUUCGAGUUUGCGGUCGCAAAGGUUUUGAAGAAAAAUCAAGAAGGUAACACGUCGGUUAGCAAACUCUUCUCCUAA